AUGGGCUUCUGUGCACCGCCAGCCCCACAUUUUGGAUUUUUGGACACAGGAUGUUCUGUUCUUGGUGGUAUCAAAAUCAAUCCUACUAUUCAAGAUCAAGGGCCCAGUUGUCCGAGCAAAGAUUUUUAUGUAUCGCAGUAUAACCUUGCGCAUCACUGGCAACGGCCUUAUAUGGUACCGCAUUCAGUGGGUUUCCCACAACUUUUAGCUCGAACAAUGCCAUGGGUUCAAGAUUGUCUAGCAGUGCGACAUGCAGGACAUUGGCCUUUUGAAACUCAUAGUAAUCGACUGAAGAAUAGAAAUUUACUAGAAGUGGUCGAAGAUCCUUCUUCUGAUGGUUCGGUGAUACUUUGGUGUGUAAGUGAGCUUUCAACAAGGAAACGUUUAUUGGAAUUUCGUUUACAUCAUUUAAGAGAUGAAGAAUUUGAUGAGUGGAAAAUUGUAUCAUAUGAUAGGGAUGAACAUCAAGAGAAUUCCGAAACCACGGAAAUAACGGAGAGAAAUUGUAAUUCCUCUGCUGAAAAUGAUAUAUCUAUAUCUGAAGAGCAACUUAUACAUAAUCAUAGUUCUAAUAAUCCGGAAUAUUGUCGAACAUUAGAUGUGAGUACUGCCUUACUUGAAAUUCGAUCUUAUAAGCCCACUGGAGAAAGAUGUCGAAUUUUGGCUCGUAGCGAAAAAGAAUUAUAUCUUUGUGAUCCGGAAAAUAAUAUUGUAUCCACACUUUUUCAUCAUCCUAUUCAUUCUCUAUCAUUCAUACCUUAUAUGAACGACGAAAUAGUGUUUCUUGAUGAUAGUGCUCGAAUUUGGUAUGGAGAAGUGGGUGGGAAUUUUAUUCAAACAAAAUGUAGCUAUGAUAUUGAGUCGAUAGCUGGAUCGGACCAUCCACGAUUGAUAUAUGCAGCUAACAAAGACGGUGUUCAUUUGAUUGAUUUGAGAGUUGGUGUUUCGGACGGUAAUUUACUUUAUACUGUUCCUGAAUAUGAUGAUACAUCGCGGAAUUCAUAUCAUUUUCAAUACAAAGGUGCUUUUGAGAAGGAACGAAUACAUCAGUUAUACAGUCUUCCUGAUGUUCCACAAAUGCUUCUUAUUUGUACAUCGAGAAAGUUUGUGCUUGUGGAUGAGCGAAUGCGUGGACUUACUUGUUUGGAAUCAUCUCAUAGCAUCUAUCAUGGUGGACAUCAUAUUACAAGUGCUCCACCUAUUCGAGAUACUGAUCGAAAUGGCACUAUUUAUCCGAUCUUUGUCUUGCAACAUACCAUACAUCCUGAUGUACAAACAUUUUCUCUGUAUCGUCAUUUGCAUGGCACGAUGUGGUCAUCGUUAGCAUCAAUCAAACGACUACAAGAACCUCGUAGUGCAGUUGAAUUUUAUCGAGAGCAACCUAAGUAUAAUGUACACAUUCCACGUCUAGCUGAAAGGCUUUUAUUUGGAAGUGGACCAACACGAGCUCUUUCUUUCCUCAAUACUGAUACUGAUUCCGGUAAUGAGAAAUUGUUUUUAUUUCGAAUGAUGGAUGAUGGAAGUCUAUGGUAUGAACAAAUUAGUACUCACAAUGAUCAGUAUCUAUCAGAGAAGAUGCUGUGGAGAGGUGCAUCCAAAAUGAAAGAUAUAAUUGAUGUUAAUACUCUUGAUAUAACAAGGUCGGAUAAUGUGCAUUCUGAUAUUCAUCAGCAAAAAGUAAAUAUUUUUGAUGUGGAAUCUGAUAUUGAUACUUCAGAAAAUCUUCUUCUGAAUGCUAAUGCUGGAACAUUGCAGCCAUUGGAUACACAUCCUGAAAAUAACUAUCCUGAACCAGAAAUAGUGAGAGAUGUUGCUGAUGAGCAACUUUUUUCAAAAAUUGUAUUACAAGGUUGUCCAAAGGAAGCAUACGGUUUUCGUGGAUCUCUUGGUUUUUCUAAGCCAUUAUGGUAUGAAACGCGUAACUAUAGUAGUGGUGAUGAUGUAGAUGUUACAAAAUUGGAUACCUAUACAACAACGAAUUAUUUUUUGUAUGAUAGUGCUCAUAUUUCACAGACUUAUGUAGCUCUUUGUUCUUUGUUGAUUCUUGGAGAUGAUUUAAGUCGAGUAGAUAGGAAAGCUGUACUGGAAGGAAUAUGUUGUGAUCAGCUUAGUGAUGGAAGUUUUCGAGGACAACAAGGAACGGAAAAUGAUAUGCGUUUUGUGUAUUGUGCUAUUGCGAUAUGUUAUAUACUCAAUGAUUUUAGUGCAAUCAACAUGAAAUCAGUGCUGAAAUUUAUUCAACGAUGUGUUAAUUUUGAUGGCGGUAUCGGUCAAGCGCCUUUUCUUGAAAGUCAUGGAGGCUCAACAUUUUGUGCUAUAGCUGCAUUAGCAAUGGCAGGACAUCUAUGGGAUGAGAGUGUUCUAACACAUAAACAAAUUGAAAGACUUGUGAAAUGGGCGUUAUGGAAGCAAGAUGAAGGCUUUCACGGUCGAGCUAAUAAGCCAGAUGAUAGUUGCUAUGCAUUUUGGAUUGGUGGAACACUUAAGAUUUUGGAUGCUUAUAUGUUUGUGGAUAGAGAGCGAUUACGAUCUUUCAUUUACUCAACUCAGGAUCGAGAAUUAGGAGGUUUUGGCAAGUUUAGUGAUGUUGUACCUGAUGCAUUGCAUACAUGUUACAGCAUAUCUGCAUUGUCUUUGUUGCAUGAGCCUAAUUUACGACUAAUAUAUCCACCACUAAAUAUCACAAAUCGAGCAGCCGAGCAUCUAACUAAUAUCAAUUUAAAUGGAUAA